AUGAGCCGGCGCUGCCCCAGCAAUGCGAAGCCCCUGCGCUGUUCCUUUCACGGACAGAUGGGUUUCGAAGCCCGGGACGGUUCUCUAGCAGGAAGGUCUCAGCUGCGGCUGCUGCUGCUGCUGUGUAGCUCACCUGAAGGAGAGAAAUCUCUCAACCACCCAUUUGCAGGCUUGGGGCAUUUGGACCCCCUCGCAGGCGCCCAGAAACGGAGACGUGAAAUGCAGUUUCCAAGCCGUGGGGUGUGUUCGGAUGUGACAGGAGCACCGCCAUCCAUCAGGUACGACCGGUUACUGCGGAUCCGAGCACUAAGGUGGGAGUAUGGCAGCGUCCUGCCAAACGCCGUCCAGUUUCACAUGUCAGCUGAGGAAGUGGAGUGGUUCAAUCAGUACAAAAAGUCUCUGGCUACCUACAUGCGGUCAGUAGGAGGAGAGGAGGGGCUGGACCUUACACAGGACAUAAAACCUCCUAAAAGCCUGUACAUCGAAGUGCGGUGUUUAAAAGACUAUGGAGAAUUUGAGAUCGAUGAUGGCACCACCGUCCUGUUGAAGAAGAAUAGCCAGCACUUUUUACCCCGCUGGAAAUGCGAGCAGUUAAUCCGACAAGGAGUCCUUGAGCACAUUCUGUCGUAAGCGUGCAGGACAGGAGGGACAACCCUUACUUGGUGGCCUGCCCACAACGGGGACCGAAUUCUGGUGUGUGCAGGACUUCAGAGACCUCAGCAUUUCUGCAGUGGGCACCCUGCCACUCUUCUUAACGGCUUUUGAUACAUGACAUGAAGAUCAGACCUGAGUUAAUAAAGCAUGUAAACCACACUGGCCAGGUCUUCAUGACCAAAGGGUGCAUACU